AUGCCGCCUUAUCACAAAGGGUUUGAAGAGGUCCCGCUGUUUCGGACUCCCAACUACAGCUCCUCGCGGGGUGGCCACCUUAUGCCACCCGGACCUCAAGAUACUUCCAGGAUGCUGAGCCAGUCCCCGAUGUCGCCUGCUAGCAGCUUCGGUCCCGAUCACGCCCUAGACAACAUGCCUUUCCUAGAAGUGCCUUCACCUCAGACAGACAAUCUGCCCCAGUCGCUGAUAGGGAUAUCGCCGCACCUAGCCCUCGAGAACGUUGACUUCGAGUUCUCCUUCGACGAUGCACUCGCGCCCGAUGAUGCACCCGGGACGAGCCCUCUGGGCCAGCGACCUCUUUUCCCUCCACAACCCGACGCUUCAUCUCCUCUCUUAGAAAGACUGCAUAGUGAAUUGGAGCAGAUCGGAACAACGGUCCAGGAGAUUGCCUCUUGCCCUGGUUUCCCCCAGCUGUACGAUGCAAAAGAACUCCUUAAAUGCAGAUUGAGUAGUUUUGAGACUACGAUCCAAACCAGAAUUGAACGCGACGAGCGGCCCAGCCUUAGUUGCAAGUUUAAGGAUAGAUUUCUCUGCAAGCUUUGUCAGUAUGGACAUCGCAAGGUGUACAAAUCUCGUGGUACUUUCAAGCGGCAUGUCUCUGAGGGGCACCACCCCAGAUAUCAGUUUCGUUGCCCGUCGUCGUGUGGUUGGACCUCGUUUAGGAGGGACAAGGUACAUGACCACUUUAGAAACUUCCAUCGACAUUCAGGCAGACUCAGGCGGGACCAAAUCAACCGUAUAGAGAGGCGAGUCCCACCCCCGGUGAUCUGUGAGAUCUGCACGAGAUACGUCGACGGCUGGGAUGACUACUUUAAAUGUGUCUCUGAGCACUGCCGUCUUCGCGAGGACGAUUCGACAAAUACCAGCGCGUCCCAGAGCAGAAGAAGCAGCGGAGACAGCGGAAGUGGUACGAACGGUGGCAAUGGGAGCUUCAAUGGAGGCGGCUUUUUUGGAGGACCCCAGAACCCCUUCCAGUCCGGGGGUCUCGGUGGCCAGAUGAAUGGUGGUUCUUAUUACUCCAACAACGAUCAGCAUUACUUCUCCCAGGCAAGCAGCUACUCCGAGAUGGACUCGGAUUCCCUCAGCCGGCAAAGCCUGCCGGCUGUGUUGGGUUCAGGCUCCGAAAGUCCCGUUUCUUUUAGGAGACAGACCUUCCACCACUCGGUUUUUAAGCAGCCAAGCAGGGUCGAAACCAUUAUUCGAGAGCCCGAAAUCACUCCAGGCUAUCGGCAACCACUUCAAAGAAGUUCUACAGAGUCCUCCCUGAGCUCUACAGAUGCAGACUCAGAUGUGCAGUCGCCCUCUAGGAUACCUCCCCCCAAACUUCAAUCUGCCAAUGGUCCUAUCCGAGGGGAUUCACUCACAGCUUUGUUCAAAAGAAACCUCGCCAGACCCGCUCCUCUUGAAUCAGACGGCCUCGACAACAAGGAAUGUAGGAAUUGUGGUCAUGUUAUGAGUGAUUGCACAAGCUGUCAUUCGCUGCGACUGGAUAUCGAUGAGUGCCACAUUUGCAUAAAAAAGUCUUGCCAAAAGGUUUCUAAGGAAACAUCGCAGCUGGCGAGAUUCAGUCUCCACGAAGCGACUGUUGGCCAGGCGGCGGACAGCACCAUACCCGAAAACUCGAAUUUGCAGGCCUCGGACAUCACUAUUCAGGAUGCUUUGCGGAUUCCCCAAGCACAUAACCGUUCGGGAUCAAUCGAGAAGCACCCAAGUCAAUCCACGGAUGAUGUCAAUAUCACCGACAUGUCCUCCGCAGAGAUCAUGAGUCCAAAAUCCACGACCGUGUCGAUGGAUAGUCAAAACUGCAACGAGACUGGCCCUUUGGAGACUUCUACCUUAACGUCAUUCCACAAUUCUUUGUCAGUGAUGCUCAUCCCGAAAGACUUGCCAUCAUCUACCCACGAUGCUCUCUCCAGUAAAAGUCCAACACAGCAGAAGACACUAUCGAAUCGCAAGUCUUUGUUAAAUUCGACGUUGUUUGCGCCUGCUCCUCCGAGCAACCUGCACCAUGGCUUAGGACUAUAUGGAUACCAGAGACCAAAAUUCAACCUCGAUCAAAGCUUCCUGAUUCAGAAGAUGAUUACGCAACCUAUGCCAUCCAAAAUAAGCUUGAAGCACCGCACCGGCACAUUCCUGUUGACAGAGUUGACCCCAAGUAUUCGACAUGGAAGAGCCAAGUUGUCUAGAUCACGUGGAUCGCAUUCGUGUCCCAGCCAAAAUGGCCUGCAGCUUUUCCGAGCACCAACACCCAUCUUUGAAGAGGCCGAGUCUCAAGAAGACAAUCAGGACGAAAUGACCGAAAGUCUUGAUCUUGUGACUCAGAGCUCCUUCGCACUAGGUCAACGCCUCAAACAUCCGGAUCACCCUCUACCUUCCAACCGACCUGUUCCAUCCAAACACAUCCUCUCGCGUAAGAAAUACCACACUUUACGAACCAAACUCCAAGUCAUCGUGGAGAUUCUAGCCCUUCGACGGUCUUCCAAAGCCCCUAUUCUAGCCCCGGAAGAGGCCAGCACCUCAUACCUGAAAUCCAUCAUUUCGAGCGGAAGCUACUUGAAAUCACCCAUACUCGACUUCGACCUCAGCCGCCUGGACAUACAAUCGUCGCUUCCAUUACUGUUAGAGGCAAUGUCCUUGUUGGAAACAGACCCGAAAGGGUAUACGUCUACGAAACUCACCAAUUAUAUAUACGACCCUGAUGAUGAAAUGCAUCUCAUGCUGAUAACUUUGAUACCCCUGCUUAAGAAACUCUUGUAG